CGUUGACAAGUGGAUCCAAGAUGGCGUAGAAAGUAAUGACAGGAAUUGGAUGAAGUCAUUGAUCACUAAAGAACUACAGUGCUGGUGAGAUGUGUAAGAAAUUAUAAAGAGCUCUGAUGGGCUCUUUGGGUGAUUCCCAGUGCAGUGAACUGCAGGAUUUUUGUCCCUGAGUCAUGGAAGACAGAAGAGCUGAGAAGUCAUGUGAACAAGCAUGUGAAUCACUUAAGAGACAAGACUAUGAAAUGACCCUCAAGCACUGCACAGAGGCCCUCCUUUCUCUUGGCCAGUACUCCAUGGCUGACUUCACAGGGCCGUGUCCACUGGAGAUAGAAAGCAUCAAAAUCGAGAGUCUUCUUUACAGAAUUGCCUCCUUUUUGCAGCUGAAAAACUAUGGGCAAGCUGAUGAAGAUUGUAGGCAUGUGCUGGGAGAAGGACUGGCCAAGGGAGAUGGUACCUUUCAAGCAGUGCUUUGCUGCAUGCAGCUUAAAGGAAAGCUCCAACCUGUAUCCAGCAUUCUUGCCAAGUCACUGACAGGAGAGUCCCUGAAUGGGAUGGUAACAAAAGAUUUGACAAGACUAAAAAUACUUCUCACAGAAACGGAGACAGCAACUGGUAAUGUCCUCUCUGGAUAUCAUGUGGAAGACUUAGAAGAGGGAUCUUGUAAUGGUUGGCAUUUCCGCCCACCACCUAGGGGAAUCACAAGCAGCGAGGAAUAUACUUUGUGUAAAAGAUUUUUAGAGCAAGGAAUCUGUAGGUAUGGUGCCCAGUGUACUUCAGCACAUUCCCAGGAAGAACUAGCAGAAUGGCAGAAAAGAUACGCUUCACGGUUGAUAAAAUUGAAACAGCAGAAUGAGAAUAAACAGCUCUCAGGCAGUUACAUGGAGACCUUGAUAGAAAAGUGGAUGAAUUCAUUAUCUCCUGAGAAAGUGCUUAGUGAAUGUGUAGAAGGAGUAAAGGUAGAGCAUAAUCCUGAUCUGUCCGUUACUGUCAACACCAAAAAGUCUCACCAGACAUGGACCUUUGCUCUCACUUGUAAGCCUGCAAGAAUGCUGUAUCGUGUAGCAUUGCUUUAUGAUGCUCAUCGUCCUCAUUUUAGUAUCGUUGCGAUAUCUGCCGGAGAUAGUACUACCCAGGUAUCACAAGAAGUCCCAGAAAACUGUCAAGAAUGGAUAGGAGGAAAGAUGGCCCAAAAUGGAUUAGAUCAUUACGUGUAUAAAGUCGGGAUAGCAUUUAACACAGAAAUAUUUGGAACUUUUCGCCAAACCAUAGUUUUCGACUUUGGAUUGGAACCAGUACUCAUGCAAAGAGUAAUGAUUGAUGCAGCUUCUACAGAAGAUCUUGAGUACCUGAUGCAUGCAAAACAACAGCUAGUAACCACGGCUAAGCGCUGGGAUUCUUCUUCUAAAACUAUUAUAGAUUUUGAACCUAAUGAAACUACUGAUUUGGAGAAGAGCCUUCUUAUCAGAUACCAAAUUCCUCUCUCUGCUGACCAGCUAUUUACCCAGUCCGUUUUAGACAAAUCAUUGACCAAGACCAACUAUCAGUCACGGUUGCAUGACCUUCUUUAUAUUGAGGAGAUAGCCCAGUAUAAGGAAGUCAGCAAGUUCAACCUUAAAGUGCAAUUGCAGAUUCUAGCAAGCUUCAUGCUCACUGGAGUUUCUGGAGGUGCAAAGUAUGCUCAGAAUGGACAACUUUUUGGCCGUUUUAAGCUUACUGAAACACUUUCUGAAGAUACUUUGGCUGGACGGCUGGUGAUGACCAAAGUCAAUGCUGUUUAUUUAUUACCAGUCCCUAAAGAGAAGUUAGUACAGACCCAGGGAACCAAAGAGAAGGUUUAUGAAGCUACUAUUGAAGAAAAAACAAAAGAAUAUAUAUUUUUAAGGAUAUCCAGGGAAUGCUGUGAAGAACUUAAUCUUCGGCCUGAUUAUGACACACAGGUUGAACUUCAGUUUCAAUUAAAUCGAUUACCCCUCUGUGAAAUGCAUUAUGCACUAGACAGGAUCAAGGACAAUGGGGUUUUGUUUCCAGACAUCACUAUGACUCCAACCAUACCUUGGAGUCCCAACAGACAAUGGGAUGAGCAGUUGGAUCCUCGGCUAAAUGCAAAACAGAAAGAGGCUGUUCUGGCCGUUACGACCCCACUUUCAAUACAGCUGCCUCCUGUUCUCAUCAUCGGCCCCUAUGGCACCGGCAAAACAUUCACCCUAGCUCAGGCCGUCAAGCACAUUCUCCAGCAGCAGGAGACCAGCAGGAUUCUCAUUUGCACCCAUUCUAAUAGUGCUGCUGAUCUCUACAUAAAGGAUUAUUUACAUCCAUAUGUAGAAGCAGGCAAUCCCCAGGCAAGACCUCUCAGGGUAUAUUUCAGAAAUCGCUGGGUAAAGACUGUCCACCCAGUUGUGCAUCAGUACUGUUUGAUCUCAAGCGCACAUUCCACCUUUCAGAUGCCACAGAAAGAAGAUAUUCUUAAACACCGAGUGGUUGUUGUUACAUUGAAUACUUCCCAGUACCUCUGUCAGUUGGACCUUGAACCUGGGUUUUUUACGCACGUUCUAUUAGAUGAGGCUGCCCAGGCCAUGGAGUGUGAAACCAUUAUGCCCCUAGCAUUAGCAACUAAGGACACCCGGGUUGUCCUGGCUGGUGACCACAUGCAGCUCAGCCCUUUUGUUUACAGUGAGUUUGCCAGGGAAAGAAACCUUCACGUUUCAUUGCUUGACCGGCUCUAUGAGCAUUACCCUGCCGAGUUUCCCUGCAGGAUCCUCCUGUGUGAGAACUACCGCUCCCACGAAGCUAUCAUCAAUUACACCUCUGAGCUCUUCUAUGAGGGCAAACUGAUGGCCAGUGGAAAGCAGCCAGCACACAAGGAUUUCUACCCACUAACCUUCUUUACAGCACGAGGGGAAGAUGUACAAGAGAAAAAUAGCACAGCUUUUUAUAAUAAUGCAGAGGUCUUUGAAGUGGUGGAACGUGUGGAAGAGUUAAGAAGGAAGUGGCCAGUAGCGUGGGGGAAGUUAGAUGAUGGCAGUAUUGGUGUGGUGACUCCGUAUGCCGACCAGGUGUUCAGGAUACGCGCUGAACUUCGAAAAAAGAGAUUAUCUGAUGUUAACGUCGAAAGGGUGCUAAAUGUUCAAGGAAAGCAAUUCAGAGUUUUGUUUCUUAGCACAGUACGUACAAGACAUACUUGUAAACAUAAACAGACACCAAUUAAAAAGAAAGAGCAACUGCUGGAAGAUUCCACAGAGGACUUAGAUUAUGGUUUUUUAUCUAACUAUAAGCUUCUCAAUACUGCCAUCACAAGAGCACAAUCCCUGGUUGCUGUGGUGGGUGAUCCCAUUGCUCUGUGCUCUAUUGGAAGAUGCAGGAAAUUUUGGGAGCGGUUUAUUGCCCUGUGUCAUGAAAAUAAUAGCCUACAUGGAAUCACUUUUGAACAGAUCAAAGCUCAGCUAGAGGCUUUAGAACUAAAGAAGACAUAUGUGUUGAAUCCACUGGCACCUGAAUUUAUCCCCCGGGCUCUAAGAGUGCAGCACACGGGAAAUACCAACAGAUUGCAGCAAUCACCCCCCAAGGGGAAAAGCCUCCAUCAUAUCCAGAAUGAUCAUUUCCAGAAUGAUGGAAUUGUUCAGCCCAAUCCUUCUGUGCUUAUUGGCAACCCUAUCAGAGCAUAUACUCCUCCACCUCCUCUUGGACCUCACCCAAAUUUGGGGAAAUCUCCAAGCCCUGUUCAAAGAAUAGAUCCUCACACUGGGACAAGUAUUCUUUAUGUACCUGCCGUCUAUGGAGGGAAUGUAGUUAUGUCCGUGCCUUUACCUGUACCAUGGACAGGAUACCAGGGUAGGUUUGCAGUUGAUCCUCGAAUCAUUACACACCAGGCAGCAAUGGCCUACAAUAUGAACCUCUUACAGACACAUGGGCGGGGGUCUCCUAUACCUUAUGGCCUUGGGCAUCACCCACCUGUCAGCAUAGGGCAGACGCAAAACCAGCCUCAGGAGAAGGAUCAGCAUGAGCAGAGUCGAAACGGUAAAAGUGAUACAAAUAAUCCUGGACCUGAAAUUAAUAAGAUUCGGACACCAGAGAAAAAGCCUACAGAAUCAAAACAGAUGGAUUUGGAAUCAAAUCCACAGAACAGAAGUCCUGAAUCACGUCCUGGUGUUGUUUAUCCCAAAUUUCAUCGCAAAGACAAUCUCAACCCAAGACACAUAAAUCUCCCUGUUCCUGCUCCCCACGCCCAGUAUGCAGUCCCCAGUCGCCAUUUUCAUCCACUUCCCCAGCUGCCAAGACCGCCAUUUCCAAUUCCACAGCAGCACGCCUUGUCAAAUCAGCAGCAGAAUAAUUUGCCUGAACAACCAAAUCAGAUGCCGCCCCACCCGAAUCAGGGAGUCCCGCCCCAGAAUCCGCUGGGCCAGCCGCCGCCUCAGCUUUCUGCUGUCUGUCAGGCAGGCCCCAACAGUGCUUUUUUUAAUACUGCGGUUUCUCAUCGACCACAGUCCCCUCCUGCAGAGGCUGUGAUUCCUGAGCAGCAGCCCCCUCCCAUGCUGCAGGGGGGCCACAGUCCUCUGCGAGCCAUUGCACAGCCCGGCCCCAUUCUUCCUUCACAUCUGAAUAACUUCACUGAUGAGAACCCCCCAGGAUUGCCUGUAGGAGAGGCUUUAGAUCGUGUGCAUGGGAGUGUGGCUCUGGAAGCAUUACGGCAGCAGCAGGUGCGGUUACAGCAGUGGAGUGAGCAUCACGCCUAUCUCAGCCAGGGCAGUGUUCCUUACCCACACCAUCACCAUCCUCAUCCUCACCCUCACCUCCAGCAUCUUCCCCAGCCGCCCAUUGGAUUACAUCAGCCACCAGUGAGAGCAGACUGGAAGCUCCCCAGCAGUGCCGAAGAUGAAGCAGAAACAGCUGACUCAAGGUUUCAAGACUUAAUCAGAGAACUGUCUAAUCGUGAUCAAAGUGAAACACGGGAACUAGCUGAGAUGCCGCCACCUCAAUCAAGACUUUUGCAAUAUAGACAAAUUCAGACCAGGAGCCCACCAGCAGUCCCCACGCCCCCGUCCAGUGCAGACCACAGUACCCACUUUUCCAACUUCGGUGACAGCAGCAGAGACCUCGAAGUAGCCAGCAACCCAGCAUUUCCACAGCGCCUGCCGCCACAGCUGUUCAGCUCGCCUUUCUCGUUGCCGUCUGAACACCUCGCCCCUCCUCCCUUGAAAUGCCUGGCACCUGAUGGAGCAUGGACUUUUGCCAACUUACAGCAGAAUCGCCUGAUGGGGCCGGGUUUUCCCUAUGGCCUACCUCCACUGCCGCCCAGGCCACCGCAGACCCCUUUUGUGCACAUGCAGAGCCAUCAGCCUGCUGUCAGCCAAGAGCCCUUCCACCCGCUGUCGGCUCGCACAGUGUCGUCCUCUUCGCUCCCCAGCUUAGAAGAGUAUGAACCCAGAGGACCUGGUCGGCCCUUGUACCAAAGAAGAAUCUCAUCUAGCUCAGUCCAGCCUUGUUCUGAAGAAGUAAGCACUCCUCAAGACAGUCUUGCUCAGUGUAAAGAGCUUCAGGACCAUAAUAACCAAUCUUCUUUCAACUUUUCCUCCCCGGAGUCCUGGGUAAACACCACCUCAUCUACCCCCUAUCAGAACAUUCCGUGCAAUGGAUCCAGCAGGACAGCUCAGCCCAGAGAGUUGAUAGCUCCGCCCAAGACCGUCAAACCCCCUGAGGAUCAUCUGAAGCCUGAAAACCUCGAGGGGUCCAGUUCCUUCAAUUACAGUGUCCUGCAGCAUCUCGGCCAGUUCCCCCCACUCAUGCCCAACAAGCAGAUCGCGGAGUCGGCCAACAGCAGCAGCCAGCAGAGCUGUGGAGGCAGCAAGCCCGCCAUGUCAUAUGCCAGCGCUCUGCGGGCUCCGCCCAAGCCCAGGCCCCCGCCGGAGCAGGCCAAGAAGAGCAGCGACCCUCUGUCUCUGUUCCAGGAACUCAGCCUGGGGAGCUCAUCGGGCAGCAAUGGCUUUUACUCCUAUUUUAAAUAAUCACUUUUUUUUCCUCCAGGGAGAGUGUUUUCAUUUCUGUUUGUAUCAGUAGAAUUAAGAUAGCUGGACUUCACCUAUAGAUGCACAGUUCCCUUUGUUUUAAUAUUAAGUAUGUUCUCAGUUGCUUUGCUGCUAGACUUGCAACUAAUUUUUUUUACAGUAUAUUCCAUUAUUUUGCAUUUUUGACAUGAGUCGGAAUUUUGACAGCUUUUAUGUGGAAUAAAAAAUAUUUUUAAAUUUGUGUAUUGUUACAUAUGUUUGCAUCAAGCUAGCAGCUAAGAGGUUAAUUGUGCAACUAUUAAAAAAGGAGAAAAAAAGUUUGUCUAAAAUGUAUUUAAAAAGAAAAAAAAAUUGUAAGUAGCAUUUACAUUUAUUCAGUAAUAUUACCAUACGCUGGGUUUCUGUACCAGAAAUGGCCAGUUGAUGUACAAAUGUAUGUUAUUUUUGCUUAAAUUCAUUGAAAAUUUUUUAAAAUAAAAGGGGGCAGCAUCUUCUAAAUACUUUAAGUUUUAUCAGCUUUUUUUGGUGACAAGAUGCUGCAUUCUAAAACUUUUAUAGUUUUAGACUAUGUAUGAUGUGCUGUUGUAAUCUCCAUCCACUGUAGGAUAGAGUUAAAGGCAUUCUUUGCAGGUGUAUUUCAUAUGCCACUGUUUUUUGUAACAUGAAAAAAACAGUGGCAUACUUAAUUAUUUUUUGGACAAGCUACACUUUAAGCUUGUUUUUAAUGUUAAUUUGAUAGUGUGUGUUUUUUUUUUAAACAAAUCAUGAAGCUGAAAAAUUUUUAGGAUUGUUGGUGCUUAGUAGACUUGAUAACUAUUUUAAAAAUGCGUGAAUUUAGUAAAAUCUUCUUUUCCUCACUAUGCAUGUGUAAACGUUCGUAAUCUGGCUUCCCCCCUCUCCAGUGGUAUAAAGAGUUGUGCCGCUUUAAGGUUUUUUUCCCCUCCAGUAAAAAUUUUGGUACCUUUAUUUGAUGUUUACAUUAAAAUGUGACAUUAUACAUGGCAAUUCAAAUAUUUUGCUAACUGUUUUGUUUGAGGAACAUCAUUAAAGAAGAAAGAUAAUGUUUGUCAAAGAUGUAUCAAAAUUCAUCAAAAUCUGGGGCAAGAAGCUACCCUUGUUUUCAUGUCUUUUGAUUCUUCUAAAAGAACCCCACUGAACUUGUACAAAAAUAUAAAAUUUAAACAGCUAUCUUAAAUAUCCUACAGUCUAAACAUUGUUUUGAACGAACUUUGGUAAAAUCCAAAGAAAAAUGUUUACCCUCUUAAAACUUGUGGUCUUGUAACACUUUUGAAGCGAUGCAUGUCCAUAUUGUUUUCCUGAUCUAGUAGUACUACUUUUAUACUUCAGAGAUAUCUUGAAACUACAAUGUAACCUUUAAAAAAACCAUAAAAUAAUAAGGUAAGGUUGGGAAACACUGCAAAUCCUGAACGGAUCCUGAUGAUCCGUUCAAAAAUCGUUUUCUUUCGGAAGACUGCCUUUGAAUAGGCCAUCCUCUAUUCACGGUCCAUUUUUAACGCAGAGUUGAAAAGUGGAGGGCAAAGAAAAGCGUCUACGCCGGGAGUUCAGUUGGUGUUGGCCAGCAAUAGUCCCCUGUAAGCCUCAGACAGUUUGGGAGAAGAGAGUGCCUUUAGUUAAAGGCUGUCAAGCUGCAGGACAAAUGAAGAGAACCUCUUUUUUAUUCAGUUCUGUCUUUCUGCCCAGAGUGCAGUUCACUUCUCUGUGGCUUCACGUUACAGGCUGCAGGUCUCUGUGUAAGGCGGCAGAUGUAGACAUGUAGACUGCAGACGUGUUAAUGGUUAGUAUAAAUCACAGUUGGAAAACGGAGCCAGCAAGUUACAACACCUCGUUUUCUCUGUAAGAUGUCAGAUCACCACAUUUAGUGAUGUCAGAUUUUACUCAACAUAGUCACAAGAAAAGAAGAAAAAGUUUUGUCAUAUAGCUGUGUAUUUCUAACUCUGUGACAAAACUCAAGAUACAGCCCAAAUGAAAAUGAGAUCCCCCUGAUGUGAGGAUGUCGAUGAAAAAUAAUGUUCUUGUCAGUGAUGAUUCUCCUCCCCCCAAAAUAUACAGGACUGCGACACAAGCCAGGUAAAUGGUCGAAAGCAUGCUGAUCUUACAAAGACAGAACUAUCCCAUCAGGGCUGUCAGUUAGCCCCUUGUCAUAAAGUAAUUGCCUAAUCAUCUAUUUUCCAUACUUGAACCUUUAAAAAAUACCAGUUUUAAAAUUAUUUCUAUUUAAAUGUGCCCACCCUACCACCCUUAUAUAUUGAUGGAAGCUUUGCAUAAGGAAGCUGUUACAUUGUUGUGACUUUGCUGUUCUAAGCGGUUAUUUCUAAAAAACUAAAAGUAAUAGCUACUUCUUAGUCCACUGCUCUGCUGAGAAUGUCUGAGUGUUCCUCACUUCCUUAUUGUUUCUACAGCCAGUCAAGGAUUCGAAUGUUUCCAUCUCAGCUUUACUUAAUGCCGUCUUUCCAACUGUGCUUUAAAUGUCAUGUAUACAUAAUAAUAUCUUGUAACGGUUUUGAGAAAGUCUUACUGCAAGAAUCAUUGCAAGUUUCCAUUGAAAUGAGGCGUGGCUUCUGAGUACCGUUCAUCCUGUUGGAUAUUACUUGAGUAGUGUUAGCAAGUGCCCACGAAUCAGACUUAAAAAACAACUUACAGUCGGCCCUCCGUAUCUGCGGGUUCCAUGCCCACCGAUUCAGCAAAUCAUGGAUCAAAGAUAUUAAAAACAAAAAAAAAUUCCAGAAAGUUCCAAAAAGGAGAGCUUGAAUUUGCCCUGCGCUGGCAACCAUUUGCAUAACAUUUAUAUUGAAUUAGGUAUCAUAAGUAAUCUAGAGAUGAUUUAAAGUAUAUGGGAGGAUGUGUGAAAGUUAUAUGCAAAUGCUACACCAUUUUAUAUAAGGGACUUGAGCAUCCUCGGGUUUUGGUAGUCCUGGGGGUCCUGGAACAGACCCCCUGCAGACACUGAGGGGCGACUAUGUUUUAUAUACUAGGUCCAACCUUAGAGUUCAGGUGGAACUUUUUUUUUUUAAGCUUGAUGUAAGCUCUGGGAUAAUACCAAGUAUUACCAACUUCCUUUUCUUCCAAAACAGAUUUCUUCUAAGUGAGGUUAGUUGUUCACAUGUCUUUCUACUUCUUUGUUCUUUGUAUCACUCUGAAGUUUCCUUUUUC